CACGGUAACCAACCCAUAUCGGGAAUCCCGCAGCGAUGAGGGGCAACAAAUGAUCGAGAAAUUUACUGAUACGCGACAGAAGCUGGACGAGCAACUCGCCUUGCGAUUGCUUCACAAACUUGACAUCUGGAUUCUUUGGUAGCGCCAAAUCGAACAGAACCCCAAAGUCAGUCGGAAAAUACCAAAAGUGACCCGAAAGACCGGUCGCAAUGGCGCUCAAUCGCAUCAAUGGGCGCGAAGAUCUCUUCGUAGGAGGCAUCUUCGGUGUCAACCGCGCCCGCUUAAUCGAAGAAAACAAGAUCACGCACAUCCUAUCCGUCAUCAACUACACCCUCCCCGCCGAUCCCGCGUUUCGCAAUGUCCAACAUCUUAGCAUCGACAUCGACGACGUGGAGGAGGCCGAUAUUUUGGUUCAUUUCCCCAAGAUGGUCCGCUUCAUCGAGCGCGGGUUGUACGGUGACGAAGCAGCUUCAAUAGCACUCGGGGGGGAUAAUGCGCCACUGGCUACUACGCCCGCGAGCGCGAGCGCAAAGAUCGAUGGCGACGACGAGGCAGCGCAGGACGCCGAGGCCAUAACCGCCGCGCCACCCACCAGCGCCACCGUAACAUCACAACAACAACAACAACAAACAAAACCCGGCGCUGUCCUAGUCCACUGCGCCAUGGGCAAAUCCCGCUCCGUCUCCGCCAUCGUCGCCUACCUCCUUUGGAAACACCCGCACCGCUUCGGCCGGUCCGACCCGUCCACGCCCGCGCGCCGCGCCGUCACGCAGGCCAUCAACUGGGUGCGACAGACACGACCUAUCGCUGAGCCCAACGACGGGUUCAUGGAGCAGCUAGAGCUAUGGUGGACCAUGGGCUGUCCUCUCGAAUCAGGCGACGACGCGGUCGAGAACCACCCUGCCUACCAGCGGUGGUUGUACAAGCGCGAGGUGGAGGACGCAACGAGGAUUGGCCGGGUGCCAGAUUGGAUCCGGUUCGAAGACGAGGAGGCUGCUAAGCUUGCUUCUGAGAACAACAGCUCCAAAGAGGCGGAGGCGGAUGGUGGUGGCGCGGCGUCGCUUAGUCUGCGAUGCAAAAAGUGUCGACGAACACUGGCGACGAAGCCGUUUAUUGUCUCGCACCACCAGGGGAAAGGAAAUAAAGAAAGGGACUGCGGACAUUACUUUGUCGAAGCCCUGUCGUGGAUGCGCCCGACGCUGGAGCAGGGUGAGCUGGAGGGCAGAUUAACGUGUCCGAACCCAAAAUGUUUGGCGUCCGUGGGGAGGUACACGUGGCAGGGGUUUAGAUGUAGCUGUGGCGACUGGAUCGCGCCGGCGUUCUCGCUGCAGAAGAGCAAAGUGGACGAGGCGACGUCGGCGCCGCAUCCAGGUGGUGCCGGUAUAGGGCCUGGCGGCGGCGGCGGCGGUGGGGCAGCUGCCGUGGCGGCGAGGAUGGCGGCGUUGGGGAUUAGGAUGCCGCCUGGUGGUCUGGCUGGACAACGAGCAGCUGGGGAGGGCGCGGGGACGGCGGGUGGACCUAAGGAGAACCUAUGAACGGGUUUUGUUCUUUGGGUGGGUAGAAGUCCAUGGCUAUCUUGCCGUAGACUGAUCAUCCCAUCGAUUCUUGCCUCCCAAGCAGAACGGCGGUAGGACCCAGAAGGACGUCCAAGAGGAGUUAUUAUACCUUGCCUGACGGCCUCGCAG